GCGUGCUCAUCCACCAACAACGCUGCGCUGAUCAUUCUCGUUGCUUUACAACCUGUGCCGCCCGCCCUAUUCGUUUUCGAUUCCAAACACUAGACUGUGCUUGAUCAGACCAGACCAGACCAGACCUGAGCCGAUCAUGUCCAGCUCUGCUCCCUCCAACCCAUCCUCAUCCUCCACAUCUCUCCAACCUCAACCCCAAGCACUUGCACGCGCACAACCAUCCGCACCCGCCAACCCGAUCGUACGCGCCACAUCCUCAUCGCCAUCGCCAUCGCGCAUCACGGCAGACACGGCACUGGGAGUGCUCAGCUAUUCAACGCUGUGCACGUUCGCUACCGCCUCGACCGUAGGAUUGAUAGGUGUAGCACAAGGAAAUGCAGCCUCCGCACCUUUGGUCUUCAAAUCCAGCCUCAAUGCUUUUCCUUUUUUCUUUCCCUACUUUGCCAUUAGGAAUUAUAUCGUUCAACCUUUUGUAUUGCCUCGUAAUACCCACGCCAAUUGGAGUGCUUGGAAGCACGUAGAAGGAACAGCAUCUAGCUCAUUAUCGGGCAGCAUCGUCGGAGCAUUCUUUGCAUCCUAUCAUCGCGGCCGGUCGGCAUUUCUCAAAGGAGCGCUCACUUUUGGAGUUUUGGCGGGAGCAGGUCAGAUCGCGCUGAAUGAAGUGCUGAUAGCGUAUGACUACUUGCGGCCAGGCGUGGGUUCUGCAGAGGAUAGCAGCCCUCCCGAGUCUGCCGCCUCAGCAUCUCCUUCACCCUCGGCCCUCGAUCUCAGGGCCUCAGCUGCCACAAGCACAUCCAGCGAUUCAUCAUCAGCAUCACCAUCAGCAGCAUCAGCAGCAGCAGCAGCACCAACGUGGUACCAAACCCUCAAAUCCUACUCUCCCGUACAGAGAUUGAGCGACGAAGAGUACGUCUCGCGCUUGAGUGAAAGGAGAAGAGAGAUAGAAGCUAAGCUUGUGCAGUUGAGGUUGGAAGUGGAACAGGUGGGGUCGGAAGCUGGUCAGCGUGUGCGUGCAGGUGAGGCGGAGGUUGGGGGCUAUGCACCAGAAGGAGGCAAGAGGAGAGUUUGAUUGUCAAAGAAGGGAGGGGGG